AUGUCUAGAAUGAUAACUGUAUGCAACUGCAAUAAUGGAUACGCAAAUGGCUCUGGCUGCGAUUGUGCCGAAGCAGCUAACUACUCAGUCAUAUCAAGAUGCAUCAGCUGGUUCGUUUGCGAAUCAUCCAAGAGCAGUGGAUCAUGCAAUUGCGGAGAUAACUGCAAUUGUGGAAGCUCUUGUAACUGUGGUACAGAAUGCAACUGCCAAAAUGGGUGCAACUGUGGAGAUAUUUGCAAUUGCAGCAGCUCAUGCAACUGUGGAGACAAUUGCAACUGUGGCAGUUCUUGCAACUGUGGUAAUUCAUACAAUUCCCAAAACGGAUGCAAUUGUGGAGAUAAUUGCAAUUGCGGCAACACAUGCAAUUGUGGCAGCUCUUGCAACUGUGGAGAAGGAAGUUACUUCACAGGCUUUUCAUUCUUUUACAAUUAA